CGACAUGAACAGUUCGAAAUAUACCGGAUAUCAAGGUAGAUUUCACAUGGGCGGUGAAAUUAAAUCGAAUCACUUUAGAUUUGAUUGGACUGUGGCCUAAAACCGCACGGAACCCUCGACAGAAGUUAAUGUGCAAUUUUCGAGCACUUAUCGUCUUUCUGUCGAUAACAUUCGGCGUUCUGAUCCCUUCUAUACAUUCCUUCAUAAGAAUUUAUGGAGAUAUUAUGUUAAUGAUAGAUAAUUUACAAUUUACUUUACCAGCUAUAACUUGCACAAUAAGAAUCAUAAUUUUUUGGUGGAAGAAAGAAGCUAUCAUACCAAUCAUAGAUAUGGUUGCGGAGGAUUGGAGAAAAUUGAAAAAUGCGCAAGAGAGAAAUAUAAUGAUCAGAAAGGCGCAGAGUGCACGCUUACUUAUUAUGUGCGCAUAUUGCAUCAUGACAGUAGGAUGCUUGUUUAUCAUCGUUCUUCCUGGAUUUGGAAUGUCGAUAAGACUGACGCCCAAUAUUACUGAUCCAGGCAGAUUAGUGCCUCUGCAAACCCAUUACAUUUACGAUGUAUCAAAACGACCUCAGUAUGAAUUGACGUAUAUAAGUCAAGCAAUCUAUAUAGUUCUCGCAGUUAUGUCUUAUACUGGAAUCGAUCAUUUCCUUGGGCUGCUAGUUUUCCAUAUAUCCGGCCAAUUAGACAUUCUCAAGGAUCGUUUGACACAUUUAGAUAAAUACAUCAACUCUCACGACAUGUUAAGGACAUGUGUGGCACGACACAUUUGUUUACUUAGGUUUGAUAUUUACGAAAAAUAUGUAAUAUAUAUGAAAUCCAUACAACAGAAUAACGUUAAAAAACAACACAGCAAUAUCUAA